AUGGCGACGACUUCAUUUGUGGAAUUCUUGAAACAAAACCCCUCCAUCAAGCACUAUACCCCGACAUCCCCAGAGUUCGGGUCGGUCAAAACCGCCUUUCGCACUCUUUCGUACAAUCCAUCGGCGAUUGCACGCCCUCAAACCGCAGAUGAUGUGGCCGCUCUCGUCAAGCACUGCGUCGCCACUGACACCCAGUUUGUUGUCCGCACCGGUGGCCAUGAUGUCCACGGCCGGUCCACACAGCCGGAUAUCCUGCAGAUCGAUAUGCGGGACAUCAACUACGUCGAUGUCGACUCGUCGAAAGAAACUGCCCGGAUUGGCGGUGGUAUCCUCUGCAACAAGCUUCUAGAAGAUUUGACACCGCAUGGCCUGAUGACCCCGACAGCAUCGGUAGGUAACGUGGGGUACAUGGGCUGGGCUACAUUGGGUGGGUAUGGGCCCCUGGCGACGACCCUGGGACUCGGCGUCGAUCAGAUCUUCGGGGCGAAGGUUGUCAAUGCCUCGGGAGAGGUGGUUGAUGCUAAUGAGAGAUUGCUGGAGGGUCUCCGGGGCGGAGGUGGGAGUUUGGGCAUCGUGGUCGAACUUAGAAUUAAACUGUAUCCGGCGCAGGAGAUGCAAGCGGGUAUGAUUGUGUUCGACCCGAAGAGCCUGUCCACCACAGUCACCACGGCGUUGACCAACUUGACCCGGCUCCAUGAAACCACCCCCGUCCCCGACAAUCUCGAUCUUCAGCCAAUCGAGGUGAACAUCCCCGACGUUGGAAAUGUUUUUGGGGUGUGUUUUGCCUGGUUUGGUUCCUCUAGCGACCAGUCGAAAGAAUGGCAAGAGAAGAUCUCGAGUCUGGCGCCCGUGAUGAUGUCUACCAUAAAAACGACUUCAUUGAUGGAAUAUGUCAGCGAGGUCUCGUCGGUGGUUCCAUCCAAAGUGUAUGCGGGCAAUUUCCAGACGGUGAAUCUUGCCGGGCUGAGCGUAUCUAAGUCAACGAUCGAGAUUUUGGCCAAAUACGCCGAGACGAUGCCCCCGACAGGAGCGCUGAUUUGCCUCCACUAUCUGUAUGGGCCUUCCGUCAAAGGGCAGUCUUUGCCGGGCGUCUUUGCGAACCGAAAGCCACAUCAACUGGUAGAAAUCUCUGGGUUGACUGCCACGCCUGAGGUUGCUGAUGAGGGAAAGACAUGGGUGAAUCAGUUCGCUGAGUGUAUCAAGAAGACCGAAGGUCUCAUGGAAGGAACUUACAUUUCCCUGACCCCGAAAGAAGAUGUGGACUUGAAGAAAAUCUAUGGGGACCGUUUCGAAAGGCUGCUGGAGUUGAAAAGGGAGUUUGAUCCCGCCAACGUGUUCAAACAUACGUUGCCUCGGCUCGAUAUUUAG